AUGUUGGGCCAGAGUAUCCGGAGGUUCAUGACCCAUGGUCUAUCGCAGCCACUAUGCGGAGGGCCCGGGAAGAAUUUGCCAUUUUCAGUGGAAAACAAGUGGCGGUUACUGGCUAUGAUGACUGGAUACUUUGGAUCUGGAUUUGCAGCUUCCUUCUUUAUAGUAAGGCACCAGCUACUCAGAAAAUAA